GAGGGGUCCACGGAAAAAAACAUCGUUAUUCUAAGGUUGAAAGUAGGGGGUGAAAGUGGGCUAUCGGGGAGCAGAGACAUCGGAUCUCCCAUUCAAAAGUAGUAUUUUAAGAAGUCACUGAAACUAAGAAGUGGAUGCUCUAGAAGGGAAGCCAAGUCCUCCGCCAGAUAAGGUACAGAAACCAAAUGGGGAAUCUGUUAAAAGUGCUCACUUGCACUGAGCUCGAGCAGGGGCCAAACUUUUUCCUUGACUUUGAAAAUGCGCAGCCUACAGACUGUGAGAGGGAGGUAUGGAACCAGGUGAACACGGUGCUCCAGGACUCUGAGAGCAUUCUCUCUGGCCUACAGGCCUACAAGGGAGCAGGACAGGAGAUACGAGAUGCCAUUCAGAACCCGAAUGACAUGCUCCUACAGGAGAGAGCCUGGAACUCAGUCUGCCCCUUAGUCAUACGGCUCAAAAAGUUCUACGGCUUCUCCCUGAGACUAGAGAAGGCUCUCCAGGGCCUGCUGGAGUCCCUGACGUGUCCCCCCUACACCCCAACCCAGCACCUGGAGAAGGAGCAGGCUCUGGCCAAACAGUUUGCUGAGAUCCUCCACUUUACCCUGCGCUUCGACGAACUCAAGAUGAGAAUUCCUGCCAUUCAGAAUGACUUCAGUUAUUACCGGAGGACAAUCAGUCGAAACAGGAUAAACAACAUGAAUUUGGAUAUCGAGAGCGAGGUCAACAAUGAGAUGGCCAACAGAAUGUCACUGUUCUACGCCGAGGCGACGCCCAUGCUGAAGACCUUAAGCACAGCUACGACAAACUUCGUAACCGAGAAUAAGACAUUACCCCUGGAGAACACCACUGACGUUCUCAGCACCAUGGCCAGCGUCUGUAAAGUCAUGCUGGAGACACCAGACUACACGAGCAGGUUCAACAGUGAGGACACGCUGCUGUUCUGUAUGAGAGUGAUGGUUGGAGUCAUCAUCCUGUACGACCACGUCCAUCCCAACGGAGCCUUCAACAAGUCCUCCAAGAUCGACAUGAAGGGAUGCAUAAAGGUCCUGAAAGAACAACCAGCAGAUAAUGUUGAAGGUCUCCUGAACGCCCUCAAGUUCACCACAAAACACCUGAAUGACGAGUCCACUCCAAAAAACAUCCGAGCGAUGCUCCAGUAACAUUUCUAUCGAACGAGGAUCAAUGUACUGACCUCACACAAAAAAAAGAUGUAUAUGUUUACAUAAUUUAAACGACUGGAUGUUAAUACUUGUAUUUACAUAGUCAUUCCUUCCAACUUACUGAAUCAUAUAUAGAACAUGUACCUUUUACUUUGAAUUGGCUAUACUGUAAUUUUCUUACAGCACAAAUUGUGGAUAUACCUUUCAGCCUUACAAACUGAGCUUGGCAAGCAGCACUUGAUGAAACAAGCACUCCGGUUGGUUCCUGUGAGUGAGCGGGCGAAUGAAAGGAGCGUCAUCAUUGGUGGUUCGUUGUCAACAGGAGCUGAAUUCCGAAUUGAUGUCGACCCGGGUCCCAGAUCACUUUGCGUUGUCUUCCUAACUCCUAUGGUUGUUCAAUGUUGGCAAGACGGCACAAACUGAUCUGAGACCAUGCUACCCAAUCCCUAGCCAUCCCUGUAGAUCGGAAUGAUUGGAUAGGUGUAAGCAAUAUGGCGCAAAUUCCACCAAGUCUAUCAGAAGGCAAGGGGAAGAUUGUUCAAACCUAUCAGAUCUACAGGAGUGCCUGUAGUUCCUACCCAGGAACUAGAGGUUGGUUUGGAAUUUAGCGAGGGGAAGCAUCGAGGGGGGAAAGUGAUGAUGGCUUUCGUUUGAAUUUUUUUCAGUAAGUUGGCAGAUGUUGUGCUUCGUUGGCAAGGAAGUGACGGUGCCAUUAAGAAAUAAACAAAUCAACCAAAUGUUUGAGCCUGUAUGGCAGGAGGUUGAGGAUACAGUAUGUCAUUUAGUUUUCUUUAUUUUUCAUGUAUCAGGUGUGUUCCUUUUUGUAUCUAACAGAAGUCCAUUGCUCAAAGAAGCAGCUUUCAAUACAAAUUAAGUCAUGGUUAUUUUUAAGUGACCCGCAGUGGCAAAAACAAUUCCUUCCUUUUUGAGAUAUCUACUCUGGUAGUAGGAUAGCGGGGAUUCUGAUGAGUCUUCUCUCCUAGUUGUUCUCCUUUAUCCUCUAAGGACCAGUGAAGCCUCAGUCUGAUUGUGGUCCCAUUUUUUAUUCUCCGACUUGAAGUGUACACUCGUUCCCUCACCAUUGGUGUAAGUGUUGACGAGACUAGAGGGAGUUCCCACACCUGUCCGUUCUAUGAAGGGGUGUGAGCGAGUGCACACUUUGAGAAGACGGGUCGAGAAUUGGACCACGGUCACACUUCAAGACAGUCACUUCUGGUAGGGUGAAAAAGAAAUCCCUAAAAAUGCACCCAUAGCAGUUAUCAUUUCAGUACACACAAAGUACCAUUCUGUAGCAUAAGGCCUUGUCGCUCACUCCUAUACUCUCACUUACAUCCGACUGUACAAAUAUAUUUGUGUCACUGAUUUUGUUUUUGGAGGCACUCCAAGAUUAAAUCUACACUCCAUAUCUUGGUUUGAUGAUUGAUUAAAUAUGUCAAUUUCAGACUGGUGUUGACCCCUGGUGUUGUCCUUUUUGAAGAGUUUUUUGUGUGUGCAGAAUUGUUUCAUGCGAAUGAACAUUGACCAAAGGGGCAUUAUAGGAGUAUUGUCGAAGCUCGUUCAGCAUGUAUGCACUGGUGUAUCUUUGACUUGGUUCAGCGGUAAAUAAUAUUCAUCUAAUUAUUAACAGGAGAACGAUAUUGGAACGUGAUCUACAAAAUGUCAGGAUUGUGAGUGGCUUUUGUUCUGGAAAUAUGUGGUGUUCUAUGGAAUUGGAGAAACGGUUGUUUGGUGACGGUCAGACAAUCGCUUGUUAUUGAUAUAAUGACUUGAAGAAAAUCCGCGGUAACUUGUUGUGCUGCUGUCUCGAUCCUGUCUGUCCAAGCGCAUGUGGCUUUUUUUUAUGAUUUGGAAAUGCAGAGAUUAACCAUUUUAGACUAUGGCUUUUUACACAGGCAGCCCAAUUCUGAUGUUUUGCUCAAUUAUUGGCAAAAGAGCUGAUUGGUCAAAAGACCAAUUAGUGGAAAAAGAUUAGAAUUGGUCUGCUUGUGUUAACGCAGCCUAAUAGGCCUAUGUCAUGUUGAGCAGCAUGCGAACAAUUGGCCUGGUCCCAGAUCGGUUUGUGCUCCUACCAACUCGCAUGCUGUCAUUGUCAAGCCAAACAUUUGUCACUUGACAAUGAGUGACAGGGAGUUGGCAUGAUAGCACAGACUAGCACUCAGGCUACUAAACAAUGGCCAAGCCUUUACAAAUGUGUCCUGUUCAUAUUUUCCUUAUUAGAGAAAUCCACAACCCUACGACAAUUAAUGGGCUUUUAUGCUAGACUAAAGUAGCCUGUCUUGUGCCUUUUUCUUGUCACGAAGUCAGCAAUAGUCACCAACCUCAGAGAAUUAUGAAUUAAAUGUAUUUAAUUAUACAGUAAAUUAUUAGGAUCUACAGUGUUAAUGUGAAAUGAGACGAAGGGCUAUUAUAGAGUUUAAAAUCCACACAGUGAAUAUCUGUUUGUCAUCCAAGCUUCAAUAAAAUCCUUACUCAAUGCAUCUCUGUAACAUUACUCAUCGUGAUGACAUACAAUACUACUAACAAACUUAAGAAAAAAAAUAGGUCAUAUCCUCCAUGGAUUUUAACAUUCAUGUUAAUUGUUUAUUUUCUAUAUUUUCUGGUGAUCCAUAAUGCACUGUGACAAGUGUGAGCCAUACUUUUUGUGUGUGAUGGAUGCAAUGUAUAUAUGCAAUGAAUGAAUACUGUACAUGGACUGUCAGAAAUGUCAAGCUAAUUGUACAACGUAUGAUAUUGAUACAUCAAUAUACUGAGGAUGUUUCAAAGGUUUAAUUCCAAAAAGAUUUCUGUCAAACGUCAGUCAGUAUUGAACUACACAAUGUCUUCAGCACAAUACAUGCUAUUAUUAUUAUUAUUGUGUGUUGUAUGUAAGCUGUGUUGAAUAUUGAGAUAUUUGAAUAUUAGUUGGAUUUGUUUUAACUGACAAUACUUUUUAAUGGUUUGGAACUUUGGUUCAAUGUUUAUAAAUGGCUUUUGCUUUAUAUUGAAUGAAUAUGUGAACCUAAAAUUAAACUGGUACAUGUUCUGCACCUGG